GACUUGUGAGCUUAUAUAUACUUCUGUAUUCUUUGAAAAUACUAGCUAGAUCAUCUAGUCAAGCUACUUUGGAUUCCCUUGAUAAUAUGACAAGGUACUCUGAAGAUGGUACUGGAGUUGAUGAAAGAGUUGCGAUUUUGGAAUUUGAACUUAGAAAUGCAAGAGAAAGUAUUUCUGCCCUUCGUGCAAAUCUCACUGUUGUUACAGAAUUUGAUGGCGCAACACCCGAUAAACGUUCGGAAAAGAAAAUUAAUAAUGAUAAUCCUAUAAAACCUCAUGAACAAAGAGCUUUAAAUUUUCUUGUCCAUGAAUAUUUGCUUACACAUUUUUAUAAAUUGACAUCGGUAACAUUUAGUGAUGAAAAUGAAGAUCAAGACCUCGAAGAUUGGCAGGAUGUUGGUUUGAACAUUUCAAAACCUUCUGGAUUAUUACAACUUUAUAGAGAAUACAUGAGAGCUAAUGGUCAUGACAAGCCACCUUCUGUAAAUGUUUCUGUUCAAACUGAAUUCGGAGAUAAUGAAGUAGAAAGAAAAGAGAACGAAUUGAAAGAAAUGGAAGAGCAAAUAGAGCAAUUAAAACAACAAACUGUAUCAUUAAAAAAAGAACAGAUGGAUCUUCAGAAUUAUAUCGAUACUACCAAUGAAAAUUUGAUAACAGAUAAUAAGCAACACAGUAAUGAUACAAUCCAAUCUAUAAAUUCGAAUUCUACAACACCAGAUAAAUUUGAAAUUCUUGAGUCUCCCCCGCGCGAUGUUUCAAACGCAACUCAAGAUCCCGAAGAAGAUGAUACUGUUUCGGUAGUAAUGAGUUUGGGUGAAACUGAUCCAGGAGAUAAAGAAUGGACAAGGAUACAGCUACCUAGGGCUGAUGUUACAGAAGGUUCAACUAUUUUAUCAAAUGCACCGUCCAGACUUAUGGCAUUAUCAUUUAAAUUAGAAGUUCUUAAUCUUUGUUUGGUGGAUACUGUAAGUGAUAUGAUAGCAGUGGCAGAAGAACCAUUUAAAGGCACAGUUGGUUUACAUUCCGACUCUGGGGAGAGAGAAAAAUUAUUAAAACUUCUCUUUAAUUUAAAAAAAAGACCGCAAGAAGAAGAACGACAAAUGAUCAUAUCUGGUUUAGUGGCAAUGGCAAAUCUUGAAAAUGAACCUAUCGGAGGAGAAGAAGUUUUAACUUUGUGUUGGGAACAAAUCCAACAUAAGUAUCCAGAAAGAAGAUUAUUAGCUGUUGAGUGUUGUUCUGCAUUAGCUACAUUUACGAUAGUUUCUGUUAGAAAUUCCCUAACGUUUUCUAUGCUACAACAAAUGCUUUUAGAUGAUAAAGAUCCUUCAGUUAGAGCUAGUGUAGUAAAAUGUUUGGCUCUACUCGUAACACUCAUGGAUAUACCAGAUAAAUAUUUUCAGUGUGAAGAACUUGCUUUUACAGCCUUGAAUGAUUCUUCUUCUAUAGUAGUUAAUACAACAAUUUCUAUAUUUUUACCAGUCCUAGCACAAUGGGCUUUAUCUUUAAAAAGAUUUAGGUCGCAUCUUUUACCACGUUUAAUUUUAAAAGUAAAAAAUCGUAUAAAACCUAUUAAUUCUCAAAAUUCGCCUGUUAAAGAUAAUAUAGACGAAGAGAGAAUAGAAUCGUUGAUUGGUGCAUUACAAUAUUUACUUCCUCAUACCAUUGUGUGCGUUGCUGAUACUGAUACCGUUAAAAGUUUUAUAGAACCUUCAAUUUCGAUAGAAUUACCUGCCGAGUUUUUAAGUAUAUGUCAGUGUAAUAUAAUUAAUCCAAAAUUAUUUUAUGAUAACGAAAGGUAUUAUGUAGGUGCACUUUUAAAUACAUUUUUUUUAUAUACCUGGGAGAAUGAUUUAUGGCCAGAAUUAGAAUGGUUUACUAAUAAAUUAAUUAUAGAUAUUCUUGAAAUAGUGAAAUCUACGGAAAUAGUACAAGAAAGUGUUAUAAAUUCACUGCUCACAUAUAUACAAUCCUUGUGCAUUGGUUUUGGAAAAUAUAUUACUCAGACAAGGAUUCAACCAAUAUUUUUAUCGGAAAUAACAGAGUUGGAAAAACAAUUAUCAACAUUAUCAAUGGAUAAUAAAAACCUCAGCUUGACAUUGAUUCCAGCUUACUUGAUUAUACUAAGCACUUUAAAUGGUAUCGAAGUUUCCAAAUCUAUCAAACAAUUUUUAGUUGUUUUGUCUAUUAGUGGGAUCAGUAUUACAAGUCUUCAAAUUGCGAUUGUAAAAUUAUGUGCUAAAGAAGAAAUGCAAGAACAUGUACUAACAGGCUUAUGGGACGGUGUAGUGCAUCAGAGAUCUAGCGUAAGAUGUGCAGUUGCAACAUUAUUUGGUUCUGUCAUAGCUCACACUUCAGAUCGAUUGAUAAGUGGAAGAAUAGUUCCAGCUAUUGUAACAUUGGCCAGUGAUCAAGAUAUAACUGUAAAAGCAGCAGUUAUACCUCCCUUAGGUCGUCUUAUCACAGAAUGUAAAUUAAGAGAAGCACGUGAUAAGGCACGGUUAACUUUAGAAACUAUUGCUAGAGAAUCACAAAAUGUUUUGUCUGUAUUAGCUACUCCUCUUGUUUCAACUUUAGCUUAUAUUGCUCCAAGUUGUCCGCAAAGUUAUAUAGAGGAUGUAAUUGCAACACAAUUGACUGGAAUAACUACAACAGCGAUGCGACGAAAUCGUAAAGUAGAUUUGUGCAAUUCUUUGAUUGAAGCCUACUCAGUUUUAGUUUAUUGUCCACUGAGUAAUCAAUGUAUUUCUGGAGUUGUAUUACCUGGUUUAAGGCAUUUAGAAACUUUGGUUAAUCAAAGUUUGCCACAACAAAAAGAAACUGUUAAAUCUUUAUUAAGAGAAGCAGAAUCUCAUCAAGAUAUUGUUAAACCAAUUGAAAGAUCAAGCUCAAUGAGUUCUGGACUUUCCUUAUCAAUGGCGACAGUUAAUGUAGGGCAAGGUGUAGAGGACAUGCGACAAAGAAUGAGCAAGAUUUUUCAACAGAGACCUAGUUCCUCAACAGUGACUAGUAUUUUCAAGAAAAAGUAGUUAUAUUAUUUAUAAUAUUUUUGUAUUCUUCGCUUUAUGUAUAUAAUUUUGUUUUUCUUUUUCUCUAUGAAUCCCAUUAUUAAAUUUUUUGUUGACUUUAUCCAGGAUUUUUUUUUUCUUUUUAGUCAAUGUUAUAGAAUAAAUAGUACGGGUAUAAAUACAACAUUCAUAAUUUUAUGCUCGCACAAGUUGAUAAAAUUGAAAA